CGGGGUUAAUUUACGUCUUCCUUUCGAACAGCUUCACAUGAUAACCGGGCACAGGCCUUGUUCCAGGUCUAUGGUUUACGGAGAUAAAGGUUAUCUUUAUUCGCCUGUGCACGGACCUGGAAAAAUUCGCCGAUUCCGACAUAAUUGACAGAUAACCACGCAUAAGAUGAGGUCAAAUUGGGGGGGAAAUAUGAACCUUAAAAUUCGUCUCUCACCCCAUCAUCCUCCUUAGCCACACCCCCUUCCUUCCUUUAUACUUCCUCGUCCUCAGUCCAAUGAAGAGCAAACAAUCAUCCAACCCUCGGCCCUUUGGGUGCGACACUUGCGAAAAAAGCUUUGGACGUGACGCUGAACUCCAGCGCCACAAAAAGCUCCAUUUCGUUGGAGAGGCUCGGAAGGAAGUCAUAAUUCAGUGUCCUUCCUAUCCUACUUGCACGGUCGAAGACGUCCAAAAGGCGAACAUAGUGUCGCACAUAAAGAGAAAGCAUCCAGAACUUCUUGAUCUUAUAUGCACCCUCUGCAAGAAAUCCCUGUAUUUAGCGAAGGACAUCGCGGCUCUUGCGCAGCAUCAAAAGGACGUCCAUAGCGUCUUUCAGGCGCCUCUCGAAGGACUAGAAUCUUCACCUCCCCUUGCUCCGCCCUCCGCAGUCGACAGCUCACCUGCCCCAUCGACCUCUUUCCCAUUAUCGCUCGUCCGAGAGCAUGAUGUAUCCCGCUCUCCUUCGCCGCAGGAUAAUCCAGUUUCCGCCUCCUCGCCGACCGUGACAUCCCUUCCCGAAGAACUUGGGCGUCUUCUUCUUCACAACGGCCCAGAGGAAUACCAACUCGCGGCGAUCAGGCCUAGCGGCCCGUUUGCCUGGCACCCAGAUAAUAUGUCUAAUGUGCCUACAAUUGCGACUGUCUACGACGUCCUUUCGGAUGACUAUCGCAAUAAGAGACCAGAUCUAUUUGCACCGCCACCCUCGCUUUAUGGCGGAAGCCUGAGCGCGACUGUCGUCAGUCCAGUACCUGUCGUAGCAGUGAACUUCCAGUCGCUAGCUCAGAGCCCUCCUACUCCCCCUCCUACUCUUCCUACCCCCCCUCCAAGUCCCUUGCCCGCCGCCAGGUCUUCCUCCCAGCGCAACCGGUCUCCGACCUCCUUGCGGUGGGUCGUUACGUCUCAGCCUUCGCCUCCGACAGUCACGAACGACUCGCGAUUUUGCGUCCGGUGGCUGGGAGACAACGUUGUCUCUCUUCGUUACGAUUCGGAGAUCUUGCCCACGCCCUAAAUCGAUGUCGACGAGUCAGGAUCCCAGAAUACAACAACUCGCUAAACAGAUCGGUUUUUUUCCUUUACAGGCUUACAUACACGACGUUGCCUUAUCUCAAUUGCUGUCUGUUACGUUCAGUUUUCAUUAGCUUUUCUUAUG